GGUAGCCUGUCCUCACUCUAAAGUAUACAUAUACAUACUGCUCAUCUUAGUGAGUAUAUCUAUAGCUGCUCUAGCUCAGUCGUCAUGUACCAGCUAGCUGGCCUAGCCUAGCCUAACCUGCCUAGCUCUUCUAACUUAAUUGCUGCCGCAGCGUGCGCUUCUAUGUUAUAAAUUAUAUCAUAAAAUUUGAUCAAGCAGCUGCUUCCCGGCCUAGCUCUCCUGGAUUCCUUGCUUAGCAUUUACUGGCAUUGCUGGGCUCUAUAUAUAAUCAGUCUUGCAUUAUAUAGAAGGUGACUAGUUUGAUCUGCUGUAAUAUAUAACAGUAGUGAUCCGUAGAGACAGAAAUGGGGAGGGCUCCGUGCUGCGAGAAAGUUGGGCUGAAGAAGGGGAGAUGGACGGCAGAGGAGGAUCAAACCUUAAUCAACUACAUCCAUGCUAAUGGGGAAGGCUCCUGGAGAUCAUUGCCCAAGAAUGCAGGGUUACUGCGGUGUGGGAAGAGUUGCAGACUGAGAUGGAUAAACUAUCUGAGAACUGACUUAAAGAGGGGAAAUAUUACUCCUCAAGAGGAAGAUAUUAUCAUCAAAUUGCAUGCUUCUCUGGGAAAUAGGUGGUCUUUGAUAGCUAGUCAAUUACCAGGAAGAACAGACAAUGAGAUAAAGAACUACUGGAACUCGCACUUGAGUCGAAAAAUCGACACUUUCAGGAGACCUCUUAAUAUGAUGCAUAUGGCUACAGCAGCGGCAGCUAGUAGCAGUAGUGGCAGCAGCACCGCAGCAGAUGUUCAAAUGAAUAUGGCGAUGAAAUUAGGGUCUCCAACAUCCAAACGAAGAGGAAGAGGGGGUAGAACCAGUCGCUGGGCCAUGAAGAAGAACAAAAUUUCGUACGCUUCUACUGCCAUCAACCACCAUUUAGAUUGUACUCAUAAAGAUGAUGGAUCGGCAACGGUGACAAGCUCGUCAUCAAUUAAUAUGUGUCCCCCUCCACCUCCUUCAGCAGCAGCAGUUGCAGCUGGCAUUGGACAAAAAGAAACACAAAAUUUAGGCGGAGGAGGACCAUCUGAUUGCUCAGAAGGCAAAAUUGAUGGCGGUGGGGAGGUCGCUUUCAAUGACUUGAUGAUGGACGCCGUCAACGAAACAAUAUUGGAUCCAGCUGGGGCUCUGACUUUAAGUGGUGAAAGACAAAGCGAUGAUGAUGAUAUCAUGGGCGUCAUUAGGGAUGAGGAUACCGGCAAACUUUUAUGUGGUCCAAAUAAAGUGAUGACUACUUGUACUGCAGCGGCAAGUCCUGAGGAGGAGCAUCAGCUCGAUCAGAUUAGUGCUACUAAUUUGAGUUCAUCAUCACACUCAAAUUCAAAAUCAAGUUAUUAUGGAGAAACAGAAGCAGCUGCAUUUGAUGGGGAGGACUGGUAUAAUUCAUGCUCUAAUUACUCAGCAGGCUCAGCAGCUGCUACUUGUAAUUUUAAUCAGCAGAAGCAGCAGCUUGAUGGAAUGAAUGGAACAUUGGAUGAUGAAAUGAGAUGGAAUUGGGAGAGUGAUAUCCAUAUGCACGACUACUUAUGGAAUAUUGAUCAGAAAGACGAUGAGAAUAUACUCUCUUGGUUAUGGGAGCAUCAGGCUGCAGAGGAUCAUCAUGAUGACCAGAACAAUAAAUCGAGAUCAGACGCCACGGUCGACGAUGAACAUGUCCCAGCUGACAAGCAUAAUGCUAUUCUUGCUUGGCUUCUAUCAUGAGUUACGUUCAGUUAAUUUUCUACCUACCCUUUGGAUCCAUCGAUCUUUGUUUCUUUAGUUUUCUUGCUUCCUAGUUUUUUUAAUAAGUUCUUGCUUCCUAGUUAUCAUAUAAAACAGCAUAAGCUUAUAAGGUAGCUAGCUAGCUAGUUUUCUUUUUUCUUUCUUGAGGUUGCGGAAAUCAUCAGAAAGAUCAAGCAAGACAGUUCGUAAACUAGGCUCAUAAAAAGUUGUACCAUAAAUCAAUUGAUUAGUUUUGCUGCUUCAAACUUUCAGUAUUA